AUGGAAGAAAGAAAAAGCACAAUGAAUGUAAUCUCUAAAGGUGAAUUGUCACAAUUGGAUUCCUAAAUUGACUUGGUUCUUUUGAAGAAAAUAGUCAAACAGCAAAUGGGAGAAGUUGAGACUUAAUUGAUUGAGAAGAUAAAUAAAGAGUUCGAUUAAAAACUGAAUAAUGUAGCUGGAAAUAUAAAAUUGCUAACAAACAAAAUGGCACCAAUAAAUGACUUAAUAGCUCUAGGGAAUAAACACUACGGAAUGAGCAUGCAAGAUGCUAUCAAUGAAUAUGUUCAAGAGAGACUUCUAUAGCCAAAAUUUGAGGAGAUCCGCUCUGAAAUGCUUACAAAGCAAGAAUUGAGGGACUAACUUACAAAUACUGUAGCAACUCCACAAUAUAUAGAUAAAAUGAAAGAGGAUCUUACUAAAAUAAUCGACAUGAUGAAUGUGAGAGUCACUGAAAUUGACAACUCAAGAAAGAUUUUGUAUAAUGAUCUUGGAUUUAUUAAGGGAGUACUUUAGGAAAAAUGCGAAUCAAAAGAUCUAAGGAUGAUAGAAAAAAAAUUAGGUGACUUUGCACCUUGGGAAUCAGUCAGGAGUGUCUACAAAGAACUGAGUUUUUAUCUUAAAAAAGACGAUUUUGAAUUAAAUAAAUCAGAGGUUCAAGGGCAUUUAAGAAAGAUAGAGAAGCAAUAGGAUUUGCUGAUUUCAAAGCAAGAGGCUAUGAGAGAAAUAGCUGCAUUAAGAGGAUAAGUUUAUUAAGAUCUUGAUAAGUAUUCUAAAAUGAAGGAAUGCUAGCAGGAUAGAACAGAGAACAGCAAGCAGUUCAACAAAAUCAAAGAUGAGCAUAGUGAUUUUAGGAAGCAUUUUUCUAAAUAGGAACUUGAAAUAAAUGUCCUUAAGAAAACUCUAGAGAAUAAAGUCAAUGAAGAAGUGGUAGUUCACUUAAGGGAAGAGUUAGAUUAGUUUGUUCUAGAGGAUGACUUUAACAAACUUGAGAACAAGGUCAUUCCAAAGAUUCUGGAAUUUCAAAGUAAAAUUAAUGACUAUACUGAAUAGGCUGAAACUCAUAAUGAAAUUAUUAGAAGAUAUGAUGAAAUAUUAAGUGAAAAAGCUUCUAGGUGGGCUUUGACAGAGCUUAGGAAUGAAAUAAUAGGCAACUAUGCUAAGACAUCGCAAACUAAUGAAUACUAAAAAGCUAUAGAUGGAUUAAGAAUCAUUAUCGACUCAAAUUAAAAAGAUAACGAAGAUCACUUUGAUAGUCUAAAUAAAUCUCUGACUUAAGAGAUAAUUAGUGCAGUAAGAAAAGCUUAAAAACAUGCUUAAGCUACAAGUGGUCCUCUGGGAAAUGGUAUGGAAAUGAGUGAAAUUAGGCAUUUGAUAAAUCUCAAAGCUAAUGCCUCAGAAAUGCAUCAACUAUUGGAAAUGAAAUCUAAUAAGAUCGAUACAGAGCAGUUUAGAUCCCUUGCAAAAUGGGUUUUAAGGUUUGAUCCAGUAAUGGCUAACUGUAUGAUGGGCCAAACAGAUGGAGAAGAGAUUGAGUAUAUGCUGUAAGAAGAAAAUAAGGUAUUGCAAGAUUUUACAGAUUAGGUGAUUCGGGAGUAAGUUUUAAGCCAAAGACAAUUGCCCUAACAAUUAAAGUUGCUCAGCUAAAGAAGAAGCAGGGAAUAAAAUAAUCAGAGUAUCAACUAAUCAAUAGUAAUACCUAGUUUCACUGAUUAAAAGUAACCAAGAGUAUUCAGAAAUAGAAGAGUCUCCAAUUAGCCAGUGGCUGCUAGCGUAUCAAUUAACAGAAGUAUGGCAGGAACCUAAUAUACAGAAUUGACUGAGAGAACUAAUGAAAGUUUAUCGAAGCAAUAUAACGGCCAUUACAUGGAAUCCGAAAAGAUUGGCACUAAGAAUAGUAAGCUUUUAGACCAUAAAAAGUUGAGUAACAAGUUUCCUCAGAGACUUGAUAAAAUAUUUGUAGCUAAUAAGGGCAAAAUGACUGCACCAACGAGUCCUUUGACAGUGAAUGAUAGAUAUAAAGUGCAACACAGAAAUAAUGCUGGUUUGUAAACAUAAUCACCUGAGAAUAUUCUUAUGGAGUAGAACUAUCCUAAUAGUGCCUAAAAGAGCUUUCUUGAUAACUCUGCAAGAAAGGAAAAUAUCAAAGAUCUAAAACUAACCAUUCAGAUAGACUAAACUUGA